AUGCUUCCUUACCUAAAAGGCCAAGAAGUCUUCGGUUAUGUCGAUGGAACAAUUAAAGCACCACCUGCAACUCUUACCGUCAAUGGCACCUCAACUCCAAAUCCCGAAUUCGCUCUCUGGACCAAACAAGAUAAUCUAAUUCUUAGCACUAUUAAUUCCUCUCCCACCGAAGAAGUUCUUGCCCAAGUUUAUCAAUCUGAAACCUCCCAUGCCAUUUGGGUUGCAGUUCAAACAUGUUUUGCUUCUCAAUCUAGAGCCAAAGUUGUCCAAGUUCGGUCUCAAUUAGGUACAUCUCGCAAAGGUCAUCUCUCUGCUACAGAUUACUUCGUGCAAAUCAAGAAACUCGCAGAUCAACUAUCUAUGGCUGGCCAGGCACUCACUUCGGAUGAUAUAAUCACUUAUAUCUUGGCUGGUCUUGGACCGGAAAAUGAUCCCUUGGUUAAUACUAUUGUUGGUCGUGAAAGUAUCACUCUAGAAGAGGUUUACUCUAUGUUUCUCACAACUGAAGCUCGGAUUCUACACAACAAUCAACCACUCUCCGCACUCUCUGUAGCAAGUGUUAAUGUGGCUGCUCGAUCAUUCGAUCCACCUCGUGGUCGGGGUCGCGGUUUUUCUAAUGGUCCUCUAAGCCGUGGUAAUCAGUCCUAUAGAGGAGGAUACAACAACAGCCGUGGAGGUUACAGUGCCAGUAACCAUACUUCCUUCAACCGAAACAAUUCUGGUGUAGUUCAAAGAUCAAACUUAUGGUGUCAGCUUUGUGAAAAACAUGGUCAUACUGUCCACAAGUGUUAUCAUAGGUUUGACGUCACUUUCCAAUCCUCCUAUAAACCAAAAGGUCCAAGUGCUAUGCUUGCCUCCGCCUCGCCGACCACAGACUCUGUUUGGCAUCCUGACACGGGAGCAACUCAUCACAUGACUCCGGAUAUGAACAAACUCACACUUCGCAGUGAGGAUUAUCAAGGUUCAGAUGAGAUUCAGGUUGGAAACGGAGCAGGUACUCAUUUAUCCGUCUCCGACUGGCACAAUCGACUUGGCCAUGCUUCAUUUCCUAUUGUUCAGCACGUUAUUUCUACAAAUAAAUUUCCUAUUGUCAAGAAUAAGAGACACAAUGUUUGUUCUGAUUGUCAGAUGGAAAUUAUUUCCCUACCACACUCUUUAAAUUCCGCCAACUUUACUUCACCUCAAAUGUCUCUUCCUAGUACGACUACUCCGUCUCCAACUCCUGCUACAUCUCAACCAUUGAUAACAAAUGUAUCUGUCCAAGAUCAUGGUGAACGAGAUGUUCCCGUCCAUAAUGCUGAAUCAAAUUAUGUGGUUGCGACCACAACUGCAGCACCAUCUCAUCAAAUGGUGACUCGUUCUAGAACCAACUCUCUCAAGCGGAAAACACCAUUUGCAGGUCUCGCCUUAAAAUAUCCUUUGCCCGAAGCUCUAAUAGCUACUACGCAGCACACUUUUGUUGAGCCUACAUGCUUUAGCGAGGCUGUAAAACACAAUGAAUGGAUCAAGCGAAAAGCCGAUGGCUCUGUUGAACGCUUUAAAGCACGUCUCGUAGCGAAAGGCUACCAUCAACAGCAGGGUAUUGAUUUUACGGAUACUUUCAGUCCAGUUGUAAAAUCAGUCACUAUCCACUUUCCUUCCUAUGUGUGCAAGCUGCAAACGAGUAUUUAUGGGCUCCGUCAAGCACCGCGAGCUUGGUUUUCUCGUCUAACAGAUAAGUUGGUUUCUCUCGGUUUUAAGGGGUGCAAAUCUGAUACCUCCUUAUAUGUUCUUCGGCAAGGUGAUUUACGUGUUUAUUUUCUCAUAUAUGUUGAUGAUAUUAUUGUCACUGGAUCUGACUCACUGAAAAUCCAACACUAUAUUACACUUCUUGGUAAUGAAUUUCCUGUAAAAGAAUUGGGAGAUUUAUCUUUCUUUCUUGGCAUUGAGGCUAUCCGAACUGAUCACGGUUUGUGGCUGACUCAGAGAAAGUAUAUCCUUGAUCUUUUGGUUCGGGCUGGUAUGGACAAAGUGAAACCAUGUACUACACCAAUGGCCACCAACUGCACUUUGUCUAAAUAUGAAGGUUCCACUUUCGAGGAUGCGCAACUUUAUCGUAGUAUUGUGGGAGGCCUGCAAUAUCUUGCUUAUACCAGACCAGACAUAGCUUAUGGUGUUCAUCGGGUCAGCAAAUUCAUGCACUCACCAAGAGUUCCUCAUUGUCAAGCUGUUAAAAGAAUACUACGAUAUCUUAAGCAUUCCAUUUCGAAUGGUUUGCUUUUAUCCAGAACCUUUUCUCAUGAGCUCCAAGCAUAUACUGAUGCUGACUAG